AUGAGCGUUCUCAGGAAUCAGCACCUUAACUACCCCGGCCUGCCAUUCUCUAUGGAAUGGGAAGGUGAAGAGGAGUCUCCACGAGACAGGCCCGACCUCGGGAAUUUCUCAACAUCCUAUAGCGCCGCCCCGGGCCAAGAACGUUUGGAGCCCGUAGGUACAUCUGGGAUUGAGGUAGUGUUGCCCUCUAACGGGCUUCAUGGACUGGACUCUACUACGGAUCUGAGCAUUAAUCACUCGAAUUCCUAUUCAAAUUUCGACUAUAAUGUUCUAUUCCCCUCGGCUCAACAUCAAACCCCUUGUGUACGCGGGCAGGACCUACUUCCUUCCCAAUAUCCCAGUGCUGGAGGGGUAUAUCCUUCUUUUCAUCGGUUCGAAAAUCCCCUGGAGAAUUUCUACCAGCGACCCUCGCCAAUUUCGGAUUACGAAGAUGUCCCUACGAAGCUCGAAGACGAGGGCAACUUUUCCCACAUGCACCACCCUGAACCCGCUUAUCUGCCCCCCAACUCCUUCCUUCUUUCUCCUAUUUCUACACACGGGAGUUUUUUUCCUGUCGAAAAUUCCCUCGACAACACCCACUCCAUCGACAUGGCUAACAGAAUGGAACUCGAAGGAGACGAUCUUACGGAGGAUGGCGAGGAUCCGUUUUUAUCCCCUCUUGAGACAUCCGAUCCCGCACCUAACUCCAAUGUUGGAGAUGACGACUACCUUCCGGACCCCAGGGAUGAUGUCGGAAAGAUUGAUUCUCAGGACGAACAUCAAAAUCACCAUCAGGAGGAGGAAUUGAACCACCAAAAAAAAACCCUCAACAUGGCGGAAGAGGAUCAAGCUGACGAUGACGCCCCUUACGCUGUUCUGAUAUAUCGGGCCUUGAUGAGUACCCCUACCCGGAGGAUGGUACUGUCUCAGAUCUAUGAUUACUUUCGUGAGAAGAUCCCAAAAUUCAGGAAGAUUAAGGGCCGUGGAUGGAUGAAUAGUAUUCGGCACAAUCUAUCCAUGAACGGGGUGAGUUCCUGCUUUUUUGUUUUUUUCUCAAAUUUUUUUUUUGAUAAUACUUGCUUAGUACUAUUCGUCCACUCUCUACGGCUUGAUGGCGUUUCAUUAACUGGGGUGUUUUGGACUAGGCAUUUUUGAAGGAAGAUCGCCCCCCUGAGGAUCCUGGGAAAGGUUACAUCUGGGUCCUUUCAAAGGAAGCAGAAAUUGAUGGUGUCAAAUCGACAACGAGAUACAGAAAGUCUCCACCCAACGCUAAGAAACGAGCCACGGACGAAUUCUACCUGCGAGGAUCCACCGUCAAGCGUAGACGCAAGUCGACUAGGAAAGGAACGGCUUCGAAGUCUGCUUCUUCUCCCAGCCCGUCCGGAUCGACUGGGCCAAUGUCUGAGCACGGCGACAGCGAACCCCAACAGGUUCAUGAACAACAGCCAAUGGAUUCCCCUUCUCUCCCCGAAGGCUUCUUCGAGAAAGAAGAGACGGAUACCAAACCUGUUGGGGUACACAUCUUCAACACUGAAGACCACCCUGGGCUAUCUGCUAUAUACACUAACGAAGAGCGCAUGUUACUCGCACAAGGUGCCCGGGAAGCUGCUGCUCAGCAAGUCGAUUACUCCAAUUGCUACUCUAGCUUCCCGCAUAAUGGAACCUCUCAGACGCUCUACAAUAGCGAAGACGAAGGGCUCGAAUCUCUCGAGGAAGACUGCUGGCGGUUCUGUGGAAGCAAUGAUAGAAACAACGAUGGAAAUAGCGACAACUUCAGCGAGGAGUUCACCCUCGUCACUCAGAAAUAAGGAUGCUUCAUUCCCCUACAGAGUUGUUAACCCAACCUGAGCCACUUCUACACCAUUCUUAUCACUGUUUCUCUGUGUUUUGUGUCUUCCGUUUCGCUUUCUCUUUCACUUUGGGCUUGUGGUGUCUGCUGUUCCUAUUUCUUCCCUUCCUGCUUCCCUCAAAUUCUCAUUUUUUAGAUUUGUAGACGGCUUUUCAUUCACUCUACUUUAUAUCUCCUUCAACGGAAGGGAUUUCCCAUCAUCAUUGUUGAUACAAUCCUCAGUCCUAUUUCGUUCUUACCUGCCAUUUCCUUAUGGGUUUUAAGACGGUUUAUCUUUUCCAUUUAUUUCCCGUUUUUUAUUUCCUUUCUGGGUAUUAUUAUCCACCUUGCACAAGGCGAGAGGUGCAGGCAACUAGUUUUCUGAGACACUGGAUAUCACCCACUGGCUAGGAGAUGGGCGCGCAGGGAAAGCUAGUGAGAUUCCCAAUCUUACUGAGCACACACCCAUACUAGUCAUAACCGAGAAGUUGUGCAUUAGGUAUUGUAGGGGUGCGGGAGUGGGUGAAGCGAGACGGGGGGAAAAAGAAAAUGGUGUAUGUUUUUUCUUGAGAAGUUGGGUUUUUAUCUAUCUAUCUAUUGUAGCUGGAUUGCCACUGGGGGGGCAGGAGGGGCUUGUGGGUGUGGAUGACGGAAAU